GGCUCGAGCACUCCCAGAAGCCCUGCACAGUCACCACACCUGGGGGCAGGCCCAGUCCGCCCACCGCAAGCAGGAUCCUACAAAAGGGUCCUGAAGAGGAGGCAGCGUCUUCACGUUCUUAGAGGGACAGCUUGGUUAUCCAAACCCCACGGACAGGGGCCAGGACAGCGGACUUUUAAUUCUCCAGCCAAAUGACUGUAACCUUGGACCAGUUCCCCACCCUCGGUAUCUCAGUCCGCCUGCACUAUGGAGUUAACAGUUACACGCUAUUUGCAUGGAUGCUACAAGAACAAGGAUGGCUGGUUUGGUGUUGUGUGAACCAACAGAGCUUUACAACAUCCUGAAUCAGGUCACAAAACUAUCCCGACUGGCUGAACCCAACUAUCUCUGCUUAUUGGACGUGCGUUCCAAACGGGAGUAUGAUGAAAGCCACGUGAUCACAGCCCGUCGAGUGAAGAAGAGGGCGAAUGAGUAUCUCAUCCCGGAGUCCGUGGAUCUGGAGUGCGUGAGACACUGUGUGGUGUAUGACAACAACACCAGCACGCUGGACAUCAUCUUUAGAAGGGAGAACGAGGAGGAGGGAGAGGAGGAGCUGCUCUCUGACAAGAGUAGACGAAAACUGGUGCCCGGAGCAGCCGUGGAGUGUGGCAGAGCGCUGGCCGCCCUCACCCGCCACCCUGUGUGCAUCCUAAGAGGAGGCUACGAGCGCUUCUCGGCCACGUACCACUUCUUCCGGACGCAGAAAAUCAUCUGGGUGCCGCAGGAACUGGAUGCCUUUCAGCCCUACCCUGCUGAAAUAAUUCCAGGCAAGAUCUACCUGGGCAAUUUCAGGCAAGCCUGCGAUCCGAAAAUUCAGAAGGAUUUGAAAAUCAAAGCACAUGUCAAUGUCUCCAUGGAGACGGGGCCAUUUUUCGUGGACGACAGUGACAAACUUCUGCACAUCAAGAUAGAAGAUUCCCCAGAAGCCAACAUUGCCCCCUUUUUACGGCACCUCUGCCACUUCCUUGAAAUUCACCUCCAGCUUGGCUCGGUCAUCCUGGUCUUUUCCACCCUGGGCAUCAACCGCAGCUGUGUGGCCGUCUUGGCCUUCCUCAUGCACUGGAACGAGCAGACCUUGAAGAAGUCCUGGGCCCAUGUCAAGAAAUGCAAAAACAACGUGCAUCCCAGCCAGGCCUUGGUGGCUCAGCUGUCCGAGUGGGAGAAGGUCAUCCUCGGAGACUCUGUCACAGACAUCUUGGAUCCACUCUACUGAUCUUCUCUGUGGUCCAGCUCCGGGUCCUGAGGGCCUCCCGGGGGUAGUGGGCCAGGCCGUGUAGCUGGGUUGGUGUGGAAAGAGAAGGCCUUUGCUGCCUGGAGUCCUGUGUCCGCCUCUUGCAGUUCUUCUCGGACUCCUUGUCCACACCCCGGAGCCGGUGUUCUCUGCCCAGACUCUGCGAGAACCCCUGUCCCAGGGUUUUCCCGGCCCCGCCGCUCGAUGGAGGCUGCUUCUGGAAGAACGUCGGGCUUCUGAGCAGCUCUCCCACAUGCCCCCAUGACCUUCGGAGGCUGGCUGGGAGGAGCUCCAAGGGUUCCCCCUGCCUUCGGUUGGCUCACAGGCUGUCAAAGUGCCCAUGCACGGGUGGAGAUCCGCCAGGCCCAGCCUUGGCCCAGGUGCCAGGCUCCGCAGCUCUGGGAGGCUCCUGGCACAAAUACAGUCUUGUCUCACCCUGGGUCCCAGCCCUCCCCACCACUCUGCCCGUCGAAGCCAUGUUCGGAUUUCCUUUCCUUCCUCCCAAAUCGUUUCCUCCUGGCUGGGUUCCUCAAGAAGAGAUUUCCACCCCUCCUAUCUCCUACACCCCUGUUUCUAGAAAUUCCUCAGGUCUUAAAGGGAAUUUUCUUCAGAAUGCACUUCCCAGCGCUGGCUGCACCCGCAGCCCCAGUCGGGAGAGGGCAGAGGAUGGGACUGACAGGGAAUUUAGGAUGCCCAUGUCAUUCAGCAGACGCUCCCUGCCCCCUGCGUGCAGCUGGUGAGGGACAUAGAGGUGAAGGUCAUCUUCCCUCCCAGGACUCUUUGCGGCGGGGGGGGGGGGGGAGUCCCCCCUCUCCCCCAUGGAAGCCCAAGCCCUCAAGGAGUGGGGUUUUGCUCUAAGGUAAGGGCUGUCCCGUGGACUCAGGCUUGGGAUCAGUUAGGACAGGAGCCUGGACAGAGACUGGGAAGGCUGCAAGCGAUGGCUCUGUGGGUUGGGGACUCCAGGGCAGAGCCCUGGAAAGUUUCCGUCAGGGGCACGAUGUGGAAUAGCUUGUGCGUUAGGCCCAGCCGUCUGCUGGCUCUGGAAGAUCCGCCGCGGCGAGCCUGGGGUCAGGGCGACCGGCGGCCGCCGUAGAAGAGAGGUUCAGAAUCCUCCCCCUGCAGAGGCUCCGCUUUCCCAAGGACGAGAGUCUUCGAGGCAGGGGUCACCUCCGUGCGCCUCGGUUUACUGCCAGCACGACGGGCCGGCGCUCUGUGGGCCGUUGCACGCGGCUGGCACGACACGCGCAGCCCCGGCC